UUCUUUUUUUUUUUUUAAUAUCAUUCGUCUCUCUCUCUCUCUCUCUCUCACAGAAUAAUCCCAACUCCAACGGUUCCAAAAUCAAAAAGAUCAAAAAUUUUCAACUCCUUUCUUUUUAUUCAUCUUCAUCUUCAUCUUCUAGGGUUUGGAUUUGCGUUCCUCAGAAAUGGACAACUACGAAAAGCUAGAGAAGGUAGGAGAAGGAACGUACGGUAAGGUGUACAAAGCGAAAGACAGAAGCACCGGCCAACUGGUGGCUCUGAAGAAGACGAAGCUCGAAAUGGACGAAGAAGGCGUUCCUCCAACUGCCCUCCGCGAGGUCUCUCUUCUCCAGAUGCUCUCUCAGUCCCUCUACGUCGUUCGCCUCCUCUGCGUCGAACACGCCGACAAGCGAAACAACACCGACGGCAAGCCCAAGCCUGUUCUUUACUUGGUUUUCGAGUAUUUGGACACCGAUCUCAAGAAAUACAUCGAUUCCCAUCGCAAGGGCCCUAACCCUCGCCCACUCUCUCACACCCUCAUUCGCAGCUUCCUCUACCAGCUCUGCAAAGGCGUUGCUCACUGCCACUCCCACGGUGUUCUUCAUCGCGAUUUGAAGCCUCAGAAUUUGCUUCUGGACAAGGAUCGUGGCAUUCUUAAGAUUGCUGAUUUAGGCCUCGGCCGCGCCUUCACUGUUCCCAUGAAGAGCUACACCCAUGAGAUUGUUACCCUCUGGUAUAGGGCUCCCGAGGUGUUGCUUGGUUCCACCCAUUACUCUACUGGCGUUGAUAUGUGGUCCGUUGGAUGCAUUUUUGCUGAGAUGGUUAGGAGGCAAGCUCUCUUUCCUGGAGAUUCUGAGUUCCAGCAAUUGCUUCACAUUUUCAGGCUGCUGGGAACACCCACUGAGAAGCAGUGGCCAGGAGUGACUUCUCUAAGAGAUUGGCAUGUGUAUCCGCAGUGGGAGCCUCAAAACUUGGCACGCGCUGUUCCUUCUCUGGGACCUGAUGGAGUUGACCUCCUAUCGAAAAUGCUUAAAUAUGAUCCAGCAGAAAGAAUCUCGGCAAAAGCUGCACUGGACCAUCCUUAUUUCGACAGCCUUGACAAGUCUCAGUUCUGAAAUUUAAUGGCCAAAGUCCAAACAUAAUCUGAAGUAUAUUUCUGUUAUACAAUAUUUGCUACAAGCAUGCUUUCUUGUGCUGAAGUAGCGGCUAGCUAUUUUGUUGUAAUCAAUUGUCAUCGUCUUGCUGAUUCGAAUUAUAUCACAUGAUGUUUGCAACUUGCGUUUCACUCUCAAUGUUUAUGUCAUUGUGAACAAGCUCAUCUUAUUACAA